AUGGUAGAGAUCAAAGAUAUUCGUGGGUUUGAAAAAGAAUUCCAAUUGAACGUUAAUGGGUUUGAGUAUGUUAAGGACCAAGUCAAAGGACUUGAGAGUUGUAAGACUGAUGAAGAGUAUGAAGCCUUACUUAAGCCAGCUGCUGAAAAGUUAGUAAAAGAAAUGACUCAAGCCGAAGCAGUUUUCGCUUUCAAUUAUCGAAUUCGGGAUAAACUUCCAGGUUGGGAAGGUGAAGGUGCACAUCGUACACCUGUACCUAGUGUACAUGCAGAUUUUUCGGCACCAGGUGCAGAAGAAGCUGUAGGUAGAGCGAUUCAAAGAAAUUCAGAUCAAGAAAAUGUGAAAAGGAUAGAAAGUCUUUCGAAAGAUCCUAACAAGAAAUUAGUCGUCAUUCAUCUUUGGAGACCACUUGGAGUAGUUAAACGAAACCCCAUUACGAUGUGUGAUUGGAAAACGGUUGACGUGAUUAAUGAUCAACAUGCAUGUAGACCAGGAGGCCCCGGAGGACAUGAAUGUAUGCAAUGGCACUUUAAUCCUAAAAACAAAUGGUAUUACCUUAGUGAACAAAAACCAGAUGAGGUGACUGUGUUUGUACAAUAUGAUAGUGAAGUUAAAGGUCAUAUGACUUUGCCUCAUGCAUCAUUUCAAGGUUCUAAUGAAAAAGAUUUACCUACUAGAAGAAGUAUGGAGAUCAGAGUGAUGGCUGUGGUACCCAAGAAUACGCAAAGGUAG